GCGGCCGCGCUAUGGACCCCUGACCCCGCGGGGUCAUUCGGACUCUUAACGUGUGGACUGACCGCUACUGACUGCACCGCCUGCCCCCGUCUCCAGCCGGCCCUUAGCAUGAGCGAGGGGGACCCAGCCGGGUGACAUUGUGCCGGUUGGCGGAUCCUCGAUUGCCCCCAUUCCCGUCCUCCUCCCACAUGAAGCGAUUCUGAGUACGGGGGGGUUCCGGAUUAUUGUUCUCUCGAACCCCCGCUUGUGGUUGGGGGGUAUUUAAUCUGAGGCCUUAGGGUCCUUCGGUGUCUUUUGAGUGUUUUGUGUGUGUACAUAUUUUGCUCUUAAGUUUAUAAAUAUACAUAUAUUGAGAGUGUCCACGUCUCCUCGCUGAACCUUAGGAAUCCUUUGCCACAAUGUCCUGUGUGCAUUAUAAAUUUUCCUCUAAACUCAACUAUGAUACUGUCACCUUUGAUGGGCUCCACAUCUCCCUCUGCGACUUAAAGAAGCAGAUUAUGGGGAGAGAAAAGCUGAAAGCUGCCGACUGCGAUCUGCAGAUCACCAACGCACAGACGGAAGAAGAGUAUACUGAUGAUAAUGCUCUAAUUCCUAAAAAUUCAUCUGUAAUUGUCAGAAGAAUUCCUAUUGGAGGUGUUAAAUCUACAAGCAAGACAUAUGUUAUAAGUCGAACUGAGCCAGUGAUGGGAACUACAAAAGCAAUUGAUGACUCUUCUGCAUCUAUUUCUCUGGCCCAGCUUACAAAGACUGCCAAUCUGGCUGAAGCCAAUGCUUCUGAAGAAGAUAAAAUUAAAGCAAUGAUGUCACAGUCUGGCCAUGAAUACGACCCGGUCAAUUACAUGAAGAAGCCUCUAGGUCCACCACCUCCAUCUUAUACCUGUUUCCGUUGUGGUAAACCUGGUCAUUACAUUAAAAAUUGCCCAACAAAUGGGGAUAAGAACUUUGAAUCUGGUCCUAGGAUUAAAAAGAGCACUGGAAUUCCUAGAAGUUUUAUGAUGGAAGUGAAAGAUCCUAACAUGAAAGGUGCAAUGCUUACCAACACUGGGAAAUAUGCAAUACCGACUAUAGAUGCAGAGGCAUAUGCAAUUGGAAAGAAAGAAAAACCACCAUUCUUACCAGAGGAGCCGUCGUCGUCUUCAGAAGAAGAUGAUCCUAUCCCAGACGAGCUCUUGUGCCUCAUUUGCAAAGAUAUCAUGACUGAUGCUGUUGUCAUUCCCUGCUGUGGAAAUAGUUACUGUGAUGAAUGUAUAAGAACAGCACUCCUGGAAUCAGAUGAACAUACAUGUCCAACAUGUCAUCAAAAUGAUGUUUCUCCUGAUGCUCUAAUUGCCAACAAGUUUUUACGACAGGCUGUUAAUAACUUCAAAAAUGAAACGGGCUAUACAAAAAGACUACGAAAACAGUUACCUCCUCCACCACCCCCUGUACCACCACCACGGCCACUCAUGCAACGGAACCUGCAGCCUUUGAUGAGAUCUCCAAUACCAAGACAGCAGGAUCCCCUGAUGAUUCCAGUGACAUCUUCAUCAGCUCACCCAGCUCCCUCUAUGUCUUCAUUAACUUCUAAUCAGUCGUCCUUGGCUCCUUCUGUGCCUGGAAAUCCAUCUUCUGCCCCAGCUCCAGUACCUGAUAUAACUGCAACAGUAUCUAUAUCUGUCCAUUCAGAAAAAUCUGAUGGACCUUUCCGGGAUUCUGAUAAUAAAUUAUUGCCAGCUGCAGCCCUUGCAUCAGAACAUUCAAAGGGAGCCUCCUCAAUCGCAAUUACUGCUCUUAUGGAAGAAAAGGGUUACCAAGUACCUGUUCUAGGAACGCCAUCUUUGCUGGGACAGUCAUUAUUACAUGGACAGUUGAUCCCCACAACUGGUCCAGUAAGAAUAAAUGCUGCUCGUCCAGGUGGUGGUCGACCAGGUUGGGAACAUUCCAACAAGCUUGGGUAUCUGGUUUCUCCACCACAGCAAAUUAGAAGAGGAGAGAGAAGCUGUUACAGAAGUAUAAACCGUGGGCGACACCACAGCGAAAGGUCACAGAGGACUCAAGGCCCAUCACUACCAGCAACUCCAGUCUUUGUGCCUGUCCCACCACCUCCUUUGUAUCCACCUCCCCAUACACUUCCUCUCCCACCAGGUGUUCCUCCCCCACAGUUUUCUCCUCAGUUUCCUCCUGGCCAGCCACCACCUGCUGGGUAUAGUGUCCCUCCUCCAGGGUUUCCUCCAGCUCCUGCCAAUUUAUCAACACCUUGGGCAUCAUCAGGAGUGCAGACUGCUCAUUCAAAUGCCAUCCCUACAACGCAGGCCCCACCUUUGUCCAGGGAAGAGUUCUAUAGAGAGCAGCGACGGCUCAAAGAAGAGGAAAAGAAAAAGUCCAAGCUAGAUGAGUUUACAAAUGAUUUUGCUAAGGAAUUGAUGGAAUACAAAAAGAUUCAAAAGGAGCGUAGGCGCUCAUUUUCCAGGUCUAAAUCUCCCUACAGUGGUUCAUCAUAUUCAAGAAGUUCAUACACUUACUCAAAGUCAAGGUCUGGAUCAACCCGGUCACGUUCUUAUUCUCGAUCAUUCAGCCGCUCACAUUCUCGUUCCUAUUCACGAUCACCCCCCUACCCCAGAAGAGGCAGAGGCAAGAGCCGAAAUUACCGUUCCCGGUCGAGAUCUCAUGGGUAUCACCGAUCUCGGUCAAGGUCACCUCCAUAUAGACGGUAUCAUUCACGAUCAAGAUCUCCUCAAGCAUUUAGGGGACAAUCUCCCAGUAAACGUAAUGUACCUCAAGGAGAAACAGAGCGUGAAUAUUUUAAUAGAUACAGAGAAGUUCCGCCACCAUAUGAUAUGAAAGCCUACUAUGGGAGGAGUGUCGACUUUAGAGACCCAUUUGAAAAAGAGCGUUACCGAGAAUGGGAGAGAAAAUACCGAGAGUGGUAUGAGAAAUACUACAAAGGCUAUACUGUUGGAGCACAGCCUAGACCCGCAGCAAACAGAGAGAACUUUUCUCCAGAGAGACUUUUGCCUCUUAAUAUCAGAAAUUCCCCCUUCACAAGAGGACGCAGAGAAGACUAUGUUGCUGGACAAAGUCAUAGAAGUCGAAAUAUAGGUGGCAACUAUCCAGAAAAGCUUUCAACAAGAGACAGUCACAAUCAGAAAGACAAUACAAAAUCAAAAGAGAAGGAGAGCGAAAGCGUUCCAGGAGACAGUAAAGGAAACAAGCACAAGAAACACAGAAAAAGAAGAAAGGGGGACGAAAGUGAAAGCUUUCUGAACCCGGAGCUAUUGGAGACUUCUAGGAAAUCCAGGGAAUCUUCAGGUGUGGAUGAAAAUAAGACUGACGCAUUAUUUGUCCUCCCCAGUAGAGAUGAUGCCACACCUGUUAGAGAUGAGCCAAUGGAUGCAGAAUCCAUCACUUUCAAAUCAGUAUCUGAAAAAGACAAGAGAGAAAAGGAUAAGCCAAAAGCAAAAAGUGACAAGACCAAACGGAAAAGUGAUGGAUCUGCUGCAUCCAAAAAAGAAAACAUUUUAAAACCCGCUAAAGGGCCCCAAGAAAAGGUCGAUGGGGAGCGUGAAAAAUCUCCUCGAGCUGAACCUCCGCUUAAAAAAGCCAAAGAGGAGGCUCCGAAGACCGAGUCUGUGAAACCAUCUUCAUCCUCUCAGAAGGAUGACAAGGUCACUGGCACCCCCAGGAAAGCACACUCUAAAUCUGCUAAAGAACACCAGGAGACAAAGCCAGUCAAGGAGGAGAAGGUGAAGAAGGACUAUUCCAAAGAUGUCAAAUCAGAAAAACCAGCCAGUAAGGAAGAAAAGGCCAAGAAGCCAGAGAAAAAUAAACCCCUUGAUAGCAAGGGAGAAAAAAGAAAGAGAAAAACUGAAGAGAAGGGAGUAGAUAAAGAUUUUGAGUCAUCGUCAAUGAAAAUCUCUAAAGUAGAAGGCAAUGAAAUAGUGAAACCAUCACCAAAGCGCAAAAUGGAAGCUGAUGUUGAAAAGCUGGAUCGGACCCCAGAAAAGGACAAGAGUGCGUCAUCAACUGCCCCAGCCAAAAAAAUCAAACUCAACAGAGAAACUGGGAAAAAGAUUGGAAGUACGGAAAGUGUAGCUAGUUCCAAAGAACCCUCUGAGAAAUCGGAGUCCACAUCUAGCAAAAUUAAACAGGAAAAAGUCAAAGGAAAGGUCAAACGGAAAGUAGCUGGAGCUGAAGGCUCUAGUUCGACUCUCGUGGAUUACACCAGUACGAGCUCAACUGGAGGCAGUCCUGUGCGGAAAUCUGAAGAAAAAACAGAUACAAAGCGAACUGUCAUUAAAACUAUGGAAGAAUAUAAUAAUGACAAUACAGCUCCUGCUGAAGAUGUUAUUAUUAUGAUCCAGGUUCCUCAGUCCAAAUGGGAUAAAGAUGACUUUGAAUCUGAAGAGGAGGAUGUGAAAUCCACACAACCUAUAGCAAGUGUAGGAAAGCCAUCUAGUAUUAUAAAGAAUGUUGCUGGUAAGCCAUCAGCCACAGUCAAGUAUCCUGAGAAAGAGAGUGAGCAGUCAGAGAAGACUCAGAAGCUCACCAAGGAGGUAAGCCACGAAAUUAUGCAGCAUGAGGUGAAAAGUUCAAAAGGCUCUACAUCCAGUGAAAAGGGGAAGACCAAAGAUCGAGACCAUUCAGUGUUAGAGAAGGAAAACCCUGACAAGAAGAAGAGUAGCAGUCAGCCAGAGAAGGAGAGCAGCUUGGACCGUCUGAGUGAACAAGGAAAUUUUAAAAAUCUCUCUCAAUCUUCCAAAGAGCCCAGAGCUUCAGAGAAGCAUGAUUCUGGUCGGGGUUCAUCAAAUAAAGACUUCACUCCCAGUAGAGACAAAAAAACCGAGUAUGACAACAGAGAGUACUCCAGUUCCAAACGGAGAGAUGAGAGAAAUGAAUUGACAAGGAGAAAAGACUCUCCUUCUCGGAGUAAAGACUCUUCGUCCGGGCAGAAAAGUAAGCCAAGGGAAGAGAGAGAUUUGUCUAAAAAGGGGACCGAGUCCAAAAAAAGUAGUUCUAGUCCCUCAAGAGACAAAAAGCCCCAUGAUCAUAAAGCCACCUACGAUACUAAGCGCUCUUGUGAAGAGACAAAGUCUGUAGAAAAGAACCCUGGUAAGGAACGGGAAAAGCAUACAGCAGAGGCUCGGAACACGAAAGAGGCCAUUGGUAGCAAAUUACCAUGCACACCCAACCCACCAGACCCUCCCGUUGAGAAAGAGCCGGUCGGACAGGUGGACAAGAACACUAUUAAGCCCAAGCCCCAGUUGAGUCAUUCCUCUCGACUUUCCUCUGAUUUGACUAGAGAGACCGAUGAAGCUGCUUUUGAACCAGACUAUAACGAGAGUGACAGCGAGAGUAAUGUGUCUGUGAAAGAAGAGGAAACUGCCAGCAGCAUCUCCAAGGACAUGAAAGAUAAAACGGUAGAGAAAGCAAGGGAGAGCCUGAGCGUCACUGCAGCCGCCACCACGGCGGCUGUGGCUGCAGCAGCAGCAGGAGCGGCGGUGGCAGCAGCAGCCACUGCCAGCCAGGUGGGUGCCAGCAGGAGCCAGAGUCAGAGCAGCCCCAGCGUUAGCCCGAGUAGAAGUCACAGCCCUUCCGGCAGCCAGACCCGAAGCCACAGUAGCAGUGCCAGCUCGGCGGAGAGUCAGGACAGCAAGAAGAAGAAGAAGAAGAAGGAGAAGAAGAAGCACAAGAAGCAUAAAAAACAUAAGAAACAUAAGAAGCACGCAGGCACCGAGGUGGAGGUGGAGAAAAGCCAAAAACACAAACACAAGAAAAAGAAGUCCAAGAAGAACAAGGAGAAAGAGAAGGAGAAAGAUGACCAAAAAGUGAAAUCUGUCCCUGUGUGAAGGACAGAGUUUUUAAUUGACUUAAUUACUAAGUCAUCUGUAUUAAACUUUGUUAUAAUGUAAAGAGAUUCAAGCCUUGUAAAUAAUGACAUGGAAGACCCUGUGCUGCACUUAAAAUAUUUGCUGCUUGAUUAUUUGAUUUUUACAUCAGAGCUUUAUAACACGAACUUUUGUACAGAAUUGUGAGUUGUGACCAUGUAACAUGAGAGGUUUUGCUAGGGCCUAUUAUUUUUAACCACCAUUAAUUAGUUGGGGUGGAGUUUACUGUGAAAUUUUCACAUUUGAAUUUUUUUAAUUGCCUGGCAAAAGCUGAUACCAGUUCUAAAAUAUCAGCAGAAUGAUUUGCUGAACUCAUUACAGCCCCGUUAUGUCACUUUUUGAUUACAAUAAAAGUUUUCAGUAAACUUUUCAAAUGUUGAAGAUCUGCAUUACUUAAAAGACUAUGUUCAAAUGUGAGCUAUAUUGAAUAUAUGAAAUUCUAAGCAUUGAAAGUGCAUUUCAUGAGUGGGCUGGCAGUAAUUGUAUAUCUCCUUAAAGAAAUGUAGGUCUGUGUACAGCAGUUAGAAGAUUGGUAGAUUUGUUUCUAUGGGCUUCAAUCUCAGAGAUAAAGGAAUUGUGCCUCUUUUCUGGCCAUAUAUUUUUCUUAAAAACUGCUAGGUGCAGACUUAAUUCCUCAAUAAAGCCGAAUGCAGUUAACCCA